GUCAACCACAGUCAAUGAUAACUGAACCGAAAAGGGAAGCGCUCAGCACAGUCUGCAUGCUGAGGAGGAAGGUGAACAGCAAUCGAAGCCUGGAAGGAGAGGGAGCGGACAUUACAACAACGAAAGAAAAAGACUGCAGACGCUACAAAAUCUAGAGGCGAAAGAAAGAGGCCGGGCCUUCAAAUGGCGCCAGCAGACGGCUGCCUCGGGUGGCGCAGUUACCAUGGGGACGGCAGGGCGUUGAGCCGGUGUGGUGGGUCACGUGAGGAGGCCGGCUUGGUCACGUGAUGAAGCCGGUUCUGGUCACGUGAGGAAGCCGCCGGCACUGGUCACGUUAAGGAGUCGAGGCUGACUCGGGAGACGCGGUAUUUUUCUAUGUUGUGUUACACAAAUCAGACUAAAUGGACAACCGGGCAUUUUGGGCAGUCAUAUAUAGCAUUAGCAUCACCUUCGUAAUACCAGCCAUCAGCAGUCAAGAAAAUGGUGAUAUCAAUUCUGAUGAGUGGAAAAGCCCCAAUGUCACAGCUGUUCACCCGUGGGAACAGCCCUCUAACGCGGGAAUGCAUAGCAGCUCAAGUCAAACAUCUGGACAAAAUGGAAGUCAUUUGGCAUUUGGAUUCGCUGCCUGUGCUGUUUCAGUUGUGCUUUUUGGGAGCAAUUUUGUUCCUGUGAAGAAAUUUGAUACUGGUGAUGGGUUGUUUUUCCAGUGGAUUCUUUGUGCGGGAAUAUGGAUUGUGUCUUUGAUUGUCAACUUAAUAUUGCAGUGCCCUAAAUUCUGGCCUCUUGCUAUGCUAGGAGGUUUUGUAUGGGCAACAGGGAAUAUAACUGUUGUUCCAAUUCUGAAAACUAUUGGUUUAGGCCUUGGAGUUUUAAUCUGGGCAGCAUUUAAUCUCCUGAUGGGAUGGGCAAGUUCUAGAUUUGGUUGGUUUGGCAUUGACCCUGAAGAGGUAGCAAAGCCUUACUUAAACUAUACUGGGGCUGCUCUAUCUUUCUUAAGUGCCAUUAUAUAUUUCUUUGUCAAAAGUGACGUAAGUGCUCCAAACACAUCUGAACCAACCUUACUGAUUGACAAUAGUAUAAAUACUGAUGAAGAAAACGUGUUGACAGAUGCAUCCUGGGUAGACAAACUUAGUCCACGAAAAAAAAGGCUUGUGGGUUCAUGCCUUGCAGUCAUUGCAGGGUUACUGUACGGUUCUAACUUUGUACCAGUGAUUUAUAUCAAGAAUCAUGCCCUGAAGAAUGAAACCAAAUAUGAAAAUGCAAGCCAGUUUGAUUUGGACUAUGUAUUUGCACAUUUUAGUGGCAUAUUUCUCACAAGUACUGUCUACUUCCUAAUAUAUUGUGCAUUAAUGAAGAAUAAACCAAAAGUUUACCCAAAGGCAAUACUGCCAGGUUUUGUUUCAGGUGUGAUGUGGGCUAUUGCGAGCUGCUGCUGGUUCCUGGCAAAUGAUUUCCUCAGUGCAGUUGUUAGUUUCCCUAUAAUCACUGCAGUACCAGGAUUCAUUGCUGCUUUAUGGGGAGUACUUGUUUUCAAAGAAAUAAAAGGGAUGAGGAACUAUGUUGUUCUUGGAAUUGCAUUCUGCACUAUAUCAGCAGGGGUAUUAACAACUGCCUUUUCCAAGGUGUGAUAAAACCUGGAAUGUGAAGUGUUUGCUGGCUCUGUAAUUGAAACAGUUUGGAUGAAGGAACUGCUUUUGACACCAGCAAUGCAGUACAAUGGAACAGUUUUAACAGUUGCCUUAAGAAGAAAGCCAGAGGUUACAGAAUUUUUGAUCUUUUAAUUGUUCAGGUAUUUGUUAAUUGAAAUUGUUUAUUGACCUCAGUACAGUUGUUCUGAUUCAGGAAUGCAUAGGUGCUGCCAAAAGGUGUUAAGAUUAGAGACAGAACUACUGUAAAUUACAGACCAGGGUGCUCAAUUAAGAGAACUUUGCAAACAUACCUCAUCAAAUCUUUAAUUUAGUGACAAAGUAAACAGGGGCAUUAGCUUAUAUUAAAAUUAGAUCUAUUUUUUUUAAUCAGCCUCAAGUCUUUCUCAGCACACUCUGAAUUAGAGCCUGGGGGAACUAGCCCUGCUGAUAAUACAGCUUGACAUUUUAUUGUAUUAUUAGGGUUUUGGAAGCAUGGAUAGAUUCCAGGUAUACAGUUCCUCUGAACAUGACCACUUGUGCUUCUCAAUAUUGACCUAAAAAUUCCUAAUAAGUUUGUGAAGUAUGUUGGGUUUUUUUUUGUUAAAUGUUAUAUUAUAGGAUUCUCGUUAACACAUUAAUCAUUAUAAUUGAAUAACUGGGAUUUAUAAUGGAGUCUUGAAGUAUUCUUAAGAAUAUAAGAAUUAAUUGAUUAUUUCCUCUUCAAAAUAUUUCUUCUAGUUGCCUGAUUAUUUGUAUUUACUCUUGUUUUCAAUGAGAGAAACUGAUCAUGUGCAAUCAAAAAUGUCCCCAACUUCCAUUUGGAUUUUACCAGAUUAUCAAAAUAAUCAGAAUUCAAGGCAGAUCUUGCAUUGAAUUUAAUCUCAAUCUGCUGGAAAUAUUUAUUUUAUCAGGAAAAACCAUUCCAGAAUGGGGUGGUCUGGAACCUCACUAGAAAUGCAGAUUAGAAGUUCAGAUGUGUAUGCCCACAAUUCAGUGGCCGUCUGUGUCACUGGUUAGAAUUUCAUGGCCAGUACCUCCAUUUAACAGUUGAAGCUUCAGUAAGCAGUGUGACCCAACUGUGUUGAACCUUUUCAAAGUGCAUAGAGGAAAUCUUCUUUCUGACUAAAUUGAGAAUCUGUCCAGGUAUAUUUGAAAAAUUGAAUUGAGGAAGGUAUUGAAUACUUGUAAAUCAAUGUGCUUCAAAACCUGAGGGUUGGAGCAACCUGAGCAUAGUGGAAGCACUCAGGAACAGGAGGGAAUGGAUCCUGAAACUGUAAACUAGGGUAAGAAAUUGGAUACCAGAGUGGACAUUAGCAAUCAGAGAUUAUGACUCUUGCAUGUUUUGGUACUUCACAGACACUAAACGUGUGACGAGAGGUUUGACUGUUCUAGAAGUAAACAACAUCCACAAAAAACAAUUAGAUGAUAUUUUGGAUGAGAAAUAUUCCUGGGUUCUAAUGAAAACUUUCCAAUUUUUCAAUGUUUUCCAUUGUCUUUUUAUUAACAACAAAAUGUUAAAUCAUUGUGUCUAUGACAAAAUAUGUUCACACUUAAAAUGCAAUGUUACAAGAUACUGAAAAUGUUUACAUUUUCAUAAUAAAACUUGUUCCACAGCUUGUAA